UGAUUGGACGGUCUGUUUAGUGGCUUGUCCCGCCCCGCCCCUCAGCAGCUCGCUCGGCUAUCCUGCACCAGCAGCGGUGUGUCACCGAGGCUGGGCUGCCGCCGAAAAAGAUCCGGAGUCAGGGCGAACACCUAAGCAGUUAACCCAAACUGGCAUCGCAGCGGGGCUGAGGGGCUGCCCCUGCGAGUUUUAAACCUGAAUACCGCUUAGGUGGGAUCCUACUCCUCUCCCUGUCACUUUCGCCCGUCUUCCUGAUGUCGGAUUUCAAGCUCGGGAUCGUACGGCUCGGCCGUGUGGCCGGGAAGACAAAAUACACGUUGAUCGAUGAGCAGGACAUACCGCUUGUGGAGAACUAUGCGUUUGAGGCGCGCAUGGAGGUAGAUGCGGAUGGCAAUGGAGCUAAGAUCUUUGCCUAUGCUUUCGACAUCGGCAAAGGUCGCUGGGCAGGGAGGCCGUUACAUGAGCUGCUCUGGGAGAAGCACAGAGGAGGCAUUGCCCCUAGUUUUCAAGUCAUCCACAUCAACUCUGUGACGGUGGACAACCGGCUAGACAACCUGCGACUGGUGCCAGUAGGCUGGAGCCCCAAGCCGGAGGAGAUUUCCAGCAAACAGAGAGAGCAGUCUCUGUACUGGCUGGCCAUCCAGCAGGUACCAGCCGACCCUGUGGAGGAACAGUAUCUGGAGCUGAGUCGCACACGCUACUACAACGCUAACGGGGAGCUGGUGGAGGAAGAGGAGUGCUCCUGCACCUACUACGAGUGUCAUUAUCCUCCUUGUUCACUCAUUGAGAGGAGGCUCCGGGAGUUCAACAUCUGCGGUCGCUGCCAGGUGGCGCGCUACUGUGGCUCCCAGUGCCAGCAGAGGGACUGGCCUGCCCACAAGAAGCAGUGUCGCGAACGCAAGCGAGUGCUCGCCCUUGAGUCGGAGCCUGAACGAUGAUCUGCCCUCAUCCUCACCUGGGAGAGGAGGAGGGAGAACGAGGGAGGGGGGAGGGGGGGUUCGAGCUGUGGGAAGGGAGAGGGGAUGAAGUGCAAAAUGUGGAAAAUUGCUGACAAGAGGCUAACGACAGAGGACAAUGUUGGUUGCUUAAUUGUCUGACGGCUUGGGGGGUGGGGGGGUGAGAAGAUGGAGGAGGUGAAAGAGAACGAAGCAAAAAGACAUCUGCCACUUCCCAGAACUGGUAACUCUCCAUAGCUUGCUUUUCAUGUGGAUGACAGGGGGGGGAGGGGUGUUAUUUGUUUUAUGUUUUUAUUUUAUUUUUUUCUCGAGGGGGGAGAGAGACCCUCGAGCUCUACCUGCUGCUAUGGUUUUGUAUGUGAGUGGGGGAAAAAAAAAAGUUGUCUUGUUGACGAACUGGACAAGCUUCUUUGGACCACAGUAUGGACAGUUGUCGUCAUCCACUUUUGUUCCUCCACCCAGCCGCUGGGCGUGGUGACGUCUGUGCAGACGGGGGACCCAGGGGCCGCAGUACCCAUCGUUCAGCUGGUACAAUGGGACAUGGACCUUUUCACUGUAUCGCUCCCUUUUCUGACCUCUGGUGCACAUGGCUGCUGUCUUCAUGGUCACCAAGACCUCCGCCUCCCUCCCUGUCUGUCGUACUUCCCCCAUGCAGCCAACCACGACACACAUCAGAUAUAUUUCACUGAUUGAAUCACACUACCAGUAUUGAGUGUGGGAGUGAGUAAGUGUGUGUAUGCUUGUAUAUGUAUGUAUGUGUUGCCAAUAUGUACUGAAGGACAGUUACAAGGGUGAUGGGCAGGGUUCAUGUAUGUUGUUUCUCGUCUUAAAGGGGCCAUAUUACAUCUUUUAAAUUUCAAAUUUAACCAUACAUUGAUGGGUUUGAUAUUUUCACUGUCAUUUAAUAAAGGAGCUGCCAAAUGAUCCAUUAUUAUAUUAUUCUGUCUGCUUGAUCAGACUUGUUUUUGUUGUUCAGGACAAGGUACAGUUGUUUUUUGUUUUUUUGGGGGGGUAGGGUAGGGGGGGUCGUUUUAAAUCAGCCUUUUCAAAAUUCUCAAUUUCCUGUUUAAAAAGCCAGUCCGGGUGUUAGCGGUUACUUUGAUCCCACACACAAAACGUGUUAUUAAAGUGACUGUGGAAUACAUGACUUAUCUUGUGCUCCUAAAAUAAUUAUUUCUGUCAAGCCUUUCUAAUGAUCGCAUGUAAAGUAAAUAUCAGAGCGAAAGUGUACUAUAGUACAGUUUGGCACUCCUAUACCAACCAACUGGGUUAAAUCCGUCAAGUCAGUUGUAGUUUGCUGGUUUUUAAGAGAGGGGUGUCUUUUCAUCUGUGUUUUUUGCAUCUGCAGGGUUAUAGUAUGUUUGGUGGGGUGGGGGUUUGUGUUUGGUUUCUUGUGUUUGCUCUAAGUUGGGUUUUUUGUUUUGUUUUGUUUUUUUGUGGAAGAAAUUCUAUCAGUGGAGCUAUAUUUAUUUAAAACAUUUGAUUGUGAAAUGUGUUUUUUGUCCUGGUGAUAUUUGAAGGCAAACGUCAAAAUUGAACAAUACGGGACCUAUUAUGUUUCAUCUUUUUGGCUAAACAUUUCAACCUUCUUAACACCUUCUCUCUCUCUUUUCUCUAUCCUGAACCCAAAUGAAUGAGUGAGUCUUUCCAGAGUUUCCAUGAAAACACUGCACACCAUCAUUGUCACUAAAUUCUUCCAUGUAAGAGAUGGCUGGGCGUGUAAAACUUGAAUUUCCCCCCCCUUACACAAACACCUUUGGUAAAUUUUUGUCUGGAUAGUGGUUUUACAUACGGAACCAUUUUCUGCUUUUGUUUUCUAAGACACGACCGUAAAAGUGAAAUCGAUAUGUGUCAACUUUAUCCUCAAUCGCCUGCCUUUCUCGUAUUACCUACAAUGCACACCUGCUUAUCGUGUCCUCUUGUGUGUUAGGAGUCCAGACACUUAGUUAGCAUGUAAUUCACAGAUGUACAUGCAACUUGUUGAUCGUUUAUUUUGUAUGUAUGUAUGUGUGUGUGUGUGUGUGUGAACAGGUUUUCAACACUGCACUAAAAUUUGGCUCCCAUGUUAGCGUAUUUGUCAUAGAUGGGUUCAAGGGAGGGGUGUGAUUUGGAUUUGGAGUGUACAGAUUGUGUCUGAAAUCUUUUUUUUUUUGUUUUGUAAGAAUAUAAACAUUAAUCACCUAGAAAUAAAGAGCUACAAUAUGUGAAUGGAAGUACAGUUGGGGAUAAAUGACGGUUGCUUUUCCAAUGUAAAAUGACAAUAAAUAAAAAUGAACCUCAGCGGUUGGACUUUG